AUGAUAUUGGGAAAAAAUCCAGGCAUAGUUUCAAAUCAGUUAAACACUGCUGAUAAAAAUGAUGAAGAGUUUAUGGUAGCAAAAACAUUGCGGAAAAUUGAUAUGAAAAUAAAUAAUGUAAAAGAAAAUUCAGAAGAUGCUGAAAGUUUAACAGAUACAUCAAGUGAAAAUGAAUCAUCAAACGAUGUUGAUGAAAAUCAACAUGAUUUGGAACUGGAUGCGACGGAAUACCUAGCUGGUUGGGUUGCCAAAAAGUACAAGCUGCAAUUUCCAGAACUUGGUUCAACCACAACAACCAGUGCAUUUUUUAAGCUAAUAAUAAUUGAACUUGCUGAGUAUCGUUCUCAUGAAGGAUUAUGGGCCAAAGAUAUUUUAUGGAACAAUAUUGAUGGUAUAGCAGCACGUAUCUGGUGGAAUGGCCUUUGUUCAAACACAAGUCUUUCAAAAGUAGCAUCUGCUAUUCUUUCCUUGCCUGCAUCCUCAGCAGCUACAGAACGCUCUUUUAGCUCUUAUUCACUUAUCCAUACUAAAAGAAGAAAUCUCCUAACAAAUUUAACAGCAAAAAAGUUACUAUUUAUUUAUGAACAUAUAAAUAAUCAAGACCUGGAAGUAUCAAAAUCAGUAAAAAGUUUCCAAACAAACCAAGAAUCAUUAACCACUAACAAUGAUGAUGAAGAGCCUUCCUGUAGUUAUCAGGUUUGUAGUUCUAGCAGUGAAAAUGAGGAAGAAGAUUACAAUACUGAUGAAAUAUUAGAGUCUGAAGGUGAUCAGUUUGGAGAAACAGAUUCAAGUGACGAUGAUUUUUUUAAUUCCAUUCAACAUACAUUUGCUUAG